UGCUGGGAUUACAGGCACGCACCACCACAUCAAGCACCCUAGCAGGUUUUUUAUUUCAUGCCAAGACCUGCUGGCAAGUGACACCUGAAGGGGACCGGAAGAGAACAGAACCCUUACCACCUGCCAGUGGAAGAUGUGCCUUACCUAUACUUGUGACAGGUGCCAUCCCUGACUGCCUCUGGAGAAACACUAGGCUAGUAGUCAGCUAAGGCUGGAGUGAGUGCCCGCGGCUAAACCCCACUGCACCAGAGAAUGAAGGGUGAGGACAAAAGCUGAAAUUUGCCAGUCCUGCCCCUCCUCCCUGAGGAGAAGGUGGGAGGGUCUUUUAAGGAGACUUUGAUCCCUGCUGGGCUUCAGCUUGUAGAGGGAGGGGCUCGGGUUACAGCGUCCCCCUCCCUGAUUUAGCUGGCCCUUCCCCGCCCCUUGGUGACCCUAGUGGUCAGUUGCUCUGAGCUUCAGGGCCUCUGGCCCCUCCCCACCCCUUCCUCUUCUUCCAUUCUCAGUCCUAUGCUGACCAGAGCCUGGGAGCCACCCACAGUGUUUAGGAGAGGGCUAGCCACUACUUUGUGGACAGGUUCUGGGAGGCCCCAGAAUACCUAUCCAGAGUUCCAGAGAGGAGCAUCAGCUGUGAGUGUCAGCCUUAGGGGGCUCCAAGAGUCCCAGGAGAGGGUCCUCUUGAGGCAGGGGUAGCGAUCCUAGGCCCAGGACCCUGUAGGGUGGAUGCCUGUAGGGAGUCCUGGCUGGUGGCCACAUACUCCCACCCCCUGGCCCUGUGGUCCCCAUGCCUGCCCCACAGCCACUCCUGCCUCUGUUCUUUGUCUUCGUGUUCAUCCAUCUGACCUUGGAGACCAACCUGCUGCCAGAUCCUGGAAGCCACCCUGGCAUGUGCCCCAACCAGCUCAGCCCCCACCUGUGGGUGGACGCCCAGAGCACCUGUGAGCGUGAGUGUACCAGGGACCAGGACUGUGCAGCAUCCGAGAAGUGCUGCACCAAUGUGUGUGGGCUGCAGAGCUGUGUGGCCGCCCGCUUCCCCAGUGGUGGCCCCGUUGUACCUGAGACAACAGCCUCCUGUGAAGGAUUCCAAUGCCCACAACAGGGUUCCGACUGUGACAUCUGGGAUGGGCAGCCAGUUUGCCGCUGCCGUGACCGCUGUGAGAAAGAGCCCAGCUUCACCUGUGCUUCUGAUGGCCUCACCUAUUACAACCGCUGCUAUAUGGAUGCAGAGGCCUGCCUGCGGGGUCUCCGCCUGCAUGUUGUACCCUGCAAGCACAUUCUCAGUUGGCCACCCAGCAGUCCAGGGCCGCCCGAGACCACUGCCCGCCCAACCCCCGGGGCUGCUCCCAUGCCACCUGCCCUGUACAACAGCCCCUCACCACAGGCAGUACACGUCGGGGGAACAGCCAGCUUCCACUGUGAUGUUAGUGGCCGUCCACCACCUGCUGUGACCUGGGAGAAGCAGAGUCAUCAGCGGGAGAACCUGAUCAUGCGCCCUGACCAAAUGUAUGGCAACGUGGUUGUCACCAGCAUUGGGCAGCUAGUGCUCUACAAUGCCCAGUUGGAAGAUGCAGGCCUGUAUACCUGCACUGCACGUAAUGCUGCUGGCCUGCUGCGGGCCGACUUCCCCCUUUCUGUUUUGCAGCGGGCAACUACUCAGGACAAGGACCCAGGUAUCCUGGCCCUGGCUGAGUGCCAGCCCGACACACAAGCCUGUGUUGGGCCCCCUACCCCCCAUCAUGUCCUUUGGCGCUUUGACCCACAGCGAGGCAGCUGCAUGACCUUUCCAGCCCUCAAAUGUGAUGGGGCUGCCCGGGGCUUCGAGACCUAUGAAGCAUGCCAACAGGCCUGUGCACGUGGCCCCGGGGACGCUUGUGCACUGCCUGCGGUUCAGGGCCCCUGCCAGGGCUGGGAGCCACGAUGGGCCUACAGCCCACUGUUGCAGCAAUGCCACCCCUUUGUAUACAGUGGCUGUGAAGGCAACAGCAAUAACUUUGAGAGCCGGGAGAGCUGUGAGGAUGCUUGCCCUGUACCACGCACACCACCCUGCCGUGCCUGCCGCCUCAAGAGCAAGCUAGCUCUGAGCUUGUGCCGCAGCGACUUUGCCAUUGUGGGUCGACUCACAGAGGUCCUGGAGGAGCCCGAGGCUACCGGUGGCAUUGCUCGCGUGGCCUUAGACGAUGUGCUCAAGGAUGACAAGAUGGGCCUGAAGUUCUUGGGCACCAAAUACCUGGAGGUGACACUGAGUGGCAUGGACUGGGCCUGCCCGUGCCCCAAUGUGACAGCUGGUGAUGGGCCACUGGUCAUCAUGGGUGAGGUUCGUGAAGGGGUGGCUGUGUUGGAUGCCAACAGCUAUGUCCGUGCUGCCAGCGAGAAACGGGUCAAGAAGAUCGUAGAAAUGCUGGAGAAGAGGGCUUGUGAACUGCUCAACCGCUUCCAAGACUAG